GGAUCCUUUUCUGGAUCGUGGAGCCUCCGAUGGGGAAAGGAAAACUCUCCUCGAAGAAGGAGAAGAAGGGUGCGAAGAAGUCUCAGGCUCUUGAUAAGAAGAAAAUCAAGGUUUCCAAGAAAUCCAAGAAGAAGUCAUCCAGUUCGCAUCCGGAUACAUCCAGCUCUUCGGAAGAGAACCCCGAGCUCCUAAAGGCCAAGGAGCAGAUGCUGUCUACGGCAUUGGCUUUCGGAUUGUGCCUUCCUCAGCCUUGCCCGAAGCCCAAAGACCUGACCAUAAAUUCCCGGACUCAUUGCCACAUGCGGGAUCUCGGUGCUCCUCAACUCGCGACUGCACUUGUGGGACUGAUGCCGGCGAUGACAUGCAACUCAUUGCUGAAGUUGGGAGGAGAUGUUCUGCAGGUUCGCAAGAGCUUGACAUCGCAGGUCAAGGCUGCACACGCUGCGGCUGGCAAGAACGAUGAAAGCAGCAUGCAGGCCAAGAUCGAGGCACUUCGGAAGGAAUCCACUGCUGAACGUCUCUGGCAGCAGAGACUGUUGGAUCUCAUGCAGAUCGGCUCCUGGGAUGCAUUGGCUGUGAUGUCUCCUCUGGUGCCCGAGCAGUGCCGUGCCUUUUUCCUAUCUAAGGGCUGGUGCCUGAGGUUUCUUGCUGCUGAAAUGCGAGCAGUCUCCGAGGAAACCAGAACCGAACGCUUCGAAGCCGGAAACCAGAAGAUGAAAUCUUGGUUUGUGGAGAAUGAACAGGAGAUGGCCUCUGUCAAUGAGGGCAGAUCCCCUCUCAAACGCUUGAAGAGCAGGAGAGGUGACAGUAGCGACUCCGAGAAGGAAAGGGACGACGACCAGAGUGAGCACCCGGAGGAGGCCCCAUCGAGCAGAUCCUCCAAAGUUCUCCGGAAGCCCUCCCGGGGUGGAGGCGAGUUCGAGCGCCGCUUCAGCAAUCAGGCCUUGGAUGAUCGUGACCUCACCCAGGGACGUUUUGCCUUGAAGGCGAAUCGCAGCGGCAAG